AUGCAGGUGCUUGCGGUCGGGUCGCGACUCAUUGUGCUCGGCGAAGUGGGCGAAGACCCCGAGGGCGCCGAAGGCGACGUCGUGCUACGGAAGGCUGCACCCUCCAGCAUCCUGGACCUGAAGACCACCUCCAUCUCCAGGCCGUUCGUGGCUUCCAUCAAGUCUGAGCAGGGUCUGCUGCAGGAGAUCGAACGGUCGGGGCGCAUAUACUUCUGGCUGGCGCUACCCUCCGUCGCAGUGGGGCUCGCCUUUGCCUACGUGGGGGUGCUGCGCGUGCUCGCCGCAAUCGAAGACCGCUCUGCGGAGCGCCCGGCUUUGACGGAGAGCGGGCACAGUGCCCCGCCCGCUUCGAAGGGGCUGCAAGGGUGGAGAAGGGGUUGAGAGUAGGCCUUGCCGUGACAUUUUCGUUAUCGGUGCACGGGUGGCCGGGAUCAUGACGUUUGACAGUGCGGUGUGUAGGUGAAGUUCAGGAGACUGAAUAUUUCGUCUUUUUUCGCAGCGCGGGCACGAGAUUGGUCACCGGUUGGAGCUGCCUCUGUUGUCGUACGCGUUUCAAUUCAUGGCCAUGACCUUGGCGUUGAUUGUUGUCCUCGCCUAGUUGCAACCCUCGCUCGACGUUCUUCGCACUGCUGUUAGGGCUGCAAGGUCGGGGGUCUUCCCAGCGUGUUCCCAAUCUGUCCGGUGUCCAAUGUCUACUAGCCGUCUCUAUGGGUGUGACGUUCAAGGCGCGACGUGAGGGCGAUGAUCCCGACAUGGAACGGCACGUUGGUCAUGGUCACGGGAUCGUGCGGCGUCGAGGAUGUGUUGAGAGUCUUGCGGCCUUGCUGUCGACGCUAACCACGUCGACCCUCCAACCCCUUGGAUUUUGUUUCCUUCGAAAUGUCGUCUUUGUGCCAACGACGUAUGGAGUGGAGUCAGCAAUAUAUCCUUGCAGGCCGGAGGGAGAGAGAGAGAGAGAGAGGGAGAGAGAGAGAGAGAGAGAGAGAGAGAGAGAGAGAGAAUGUUCAACGGCGUUGGUUCGGCCCUCGCCUCCCGCGGCAGAGCAAAGACAACGAAAGAACGAAAUUUUUUGUCGGAAAGCGGUGGAUAUCCAGCCGUUGUUCACGGGCUGCUGUGUGCUGUUCACUUUUUUUUGAGGAAAGACCGAGGGGGAAAGCGGGAGAGGGCGAUAGAGUAGGCGGAUGGACGGUAAUUCACGGCUGUGCGGGGAUUCGUCUCGACAUUCCGGGUGUAUAUCUGUAAAUCCAAAACGACGUCGGCGUUCUCGUUCUCUUGCACAGUCCCGUCGACGAUGCCAGUGCUUUUUCGCCGCGCACACAAUACGCUGCUUUUUCAUUUCUUGCAAUGAGACGAUUUAGAUGGGACGAUGAAGAAACUUCUCUGCUUCGAGGAAGCCGCUAACACCAUGAACCCCUGUUU